AUGCUUCCCCCGUCACUUACCUCGCAUUUCCUUUUCGCUCACCCCGCAUCCCCCCUCGCUUACCUCGUAUUCCUCGUCGCUACCCCCUCGUUUCCCCCCGUCGCUCUUCACUCGUUUCCCCCCGUCGCUCACCCCUCAGUUCGCUCCAUCGCUCGCCCUCAGUACCUCACAUUCCCCGUCUCUUUCCCCCUCGUUUCCCCCCUUCGCUUCCCUCUCAUUUCCCCCCCUUUCACUCACCCCUUGUUUUCCCAUUUACUCACCCUCAUUUCUCUGCUAUCGCUCACCCCCCAUCCCCCCCGUCACUCAACCUUCAUUUCCCCCUUUCCACUCACCAUCCAUUUCCCCCGUCAUUCACCCGUCGAUCCCUCCCGUUCCCCCCGUUGCGCACCCCGCAUUCCCCCUUUCCCUCGCCCCUCAUUUCCCGAAUUCGCGCACCCGAUAAUAGAACUCCCUAUGCAUACCCACUUACUCUAUUUCCACUCCCACUCUGACCUCCCGCUGCCCCCACCCACUGUCCUCCCGCUGCUCCCCUCGCCCCUUCCCCUCUCUCUUCCUUCUCAUUUCCCCCGGUUCUCUUCACUUAUCCCAUCCCAUCCCACUUCCCCGCGCCCAUCUCACUUCCCUCCAUCCCAUUCCACUUCCCCGCGCCCGUCUCACUUCCCUCCAUCCGCUCCCCUUCAUACACCCGUUAUCUCCCUUCCUUUCAGCGGCCUCGCGCAAUCUGUUCCUUCCUUCCAGGAACAGAUAAAAGAGAGUAUUCCCUCCCAACCCCUUCAACAGCCUCUCGCCCUGUUUCCUCCCUGCUUGCCCACCGUUCCAGCUGCUCUUGCUGCUCACUACCAGAGAGAUUACCCUCUCUCUCACCUCCCUUGA